UUAGUCGUAGAUACUUGGCCACAGACAGUCGCGAUGGGUACACACAAGUACUUUUUGUUUUUGCUAGUAGUAUCAGUGUGCACAGUGAACGGUUACACAAGUGCGUUUGACAAGGAUCGGUACCAGAAUGUGUUAAAUCCACAAGAGUGCGAAGCACAGCUCGCCUUCUUGACGAACAACAGUACUUUAAGAAAUAGAUUUCUCGAUGCUAGUGGGAAGCUACCGAGCGGCCUGUUAGGCGGUAAUUGGAAUGACUUGGGAGACUACCACCAAUGCCUGCGGAUCCGUCAAGUUGUUGGUACAAGUACUUACCAGGGAAAGUACUGCGCUGUCAGUAUUCCACUUGAAUCUUUGCCACCAGUUGCGCUCCCAACAACAGAAUUACCUGGUGGUACAUUCCCUCCUAUCACCUGGCCCCCUGGCUUCACUCUACCUGAAGGAUUCACCUUACCUGAAGGCUUCACUCUACCAGAUGAUUUCAAUCCUGAUUGGUUUCCUCAAUAUCAAACCCCAUACAAUGCUGAUCGUCCACCAUUCCCUGAAAUCGACAGUGAAACGGUCAGAGCUGUAGAAACUUACACUGCCUUAAAGAAAUACGUGUUUGGAAUUAGUGGGGUAGGAGAAACAGAGCAGCAGAUAAGUGAUCCCGCCAGCAGGGUGUUCCCCUUGUAUAUUGCGGCCGGAUUAAAUGCAGUGAUAGCAAUUUGUAUUCCCGAUGUAUGCUCGGAGAAGCAAGCCAUCGAAUUCCUUGAGUCAAGAAUUCCCUACUCUAACUUCACUAUUAAUGAGCAGUAUUGCAGGCUGCCAGAUGACAAACUUUUAGCCCCUGCUGACAUCGUUGCCAUUGUUCUCUUCUCCAUCAUCGGCCUGUUGCUUAUUGCUAGUACGACUUACGACCUCGUCCUAACCUUCUGGUUUAAAAAAGAUCCAUCCCGCAUCAACCCACUGUUCGUCAGUUUCUCCGUGUACACGAACACUCGCCGCUUCUUGACUUUCAAGUCAUCUCCUGACGCCCUCGAGUGUGUGGAUGGUAUCCGAGCAAUCUCUAUGAUGUGGGUCGUCGUAGGACACACUUACUGCAUGACCUUGCUCAAUUUCCUACACAAUGUUACGGACACUAUAGAUUGGAUUACUUCAUUCCAAGCGACAUGGAUCAACUCGGCGCCGAUCACUGUGGAUACUUUCUUUUUGCUCAGUGGUAUACUUGCCGUGUAUACCGUCAUUGGAAAGAUCUCUCGAACACGUUUCAUCAGGACUAUCCAUCUUUUCUACCUGAACCGUUUACUUCGGAUGUUCCCACUGUUAGCUGCCGUAGUUCUGCUCCAAGCCUCUGCUUUUAACCACGUAUCUGACGGUCCGUACUGGACGAACCCAGCCCACGCCACCGAGAACUGUCGGGAGUACUGGUGGGCUGCAUUACUUCAUGUUCAAAACUACGUGAAUCCUCUUAGAAUUUGCUUACCCCAAACCUGGUACCUGUCAGUGGACAUGCAACUGUACCUGAUCUGCCCGAUCGUGCUGGUCUUCUUGUUUGGCUCAGAGAUGAUCUCUUGGUGUGUCCUCACCGCCUUCGUACUUCUGUCUCUCGUGUCAUCCUCACUGUACAGUUUCUUGAAUAAUUUCUCUGCUGCACUAGCCAAUCCAGAUCGUCUCCUUGAGUUCCAAUCUUACGUGAAAACUUACUACCUGAACACAUUGGCACGUGCUCCUCCUUUCUUUGUGGGCAUGAUUUAUGGAUACCUGCUGUACUUGUGCAAGAACAAGAAAAUCAGAAUACCUAAGCUGCAAGUUAUUAUCCUGUGGGCUUUGUCCUUCAUUAUGAUGGCGUUCUGCAUCUUCUCCAUCUACCCAGUGAUGCAGAGGGGACACGAUGCCCAGUUAUUCGAUAACUUCUUAAACGCUUACAUGCGCGCUAUCUGGGCCAUUGGCUUAGGAUGGCUCAUCUUUGCCUGCGUUCAUGGCUAUGGAGGUCCUAUCAACUGGUUCCUCUCUCUACAAAUCUGGAAGCUGCCAGCUCGUCUUUCCUACGCUGUCUAUUUGAUCCACUUGCCGAUAAUCUUCACGUCUGUCGGAAGCUGGUUGAAGACCUACUACUUCAGUGAUGGACAAAAUAUAUACAGAUUCAUGAGUGAUCUCUCGCUUUCCUUCGUGUUCGCCUUCAUCCUAUGUAUAUGCAUCGAUGCUCCUUUCUCUACACUUCAGAAGCUAGCUUUGGGUGGAGGAAAAAAGAGACCACCAAAGCCUCCAGUGGACGAAUCUCCUGAAAUUGUAAGCGCUACUAACGACAGAUUUGUGAAGACAACAUUAUAGAUGAAUACUGAAAACUGACUGACUGACUGACUGACUACUUUAGUAUUAUUAUAUUAGCCGUCUCGGCUUUGCUGAGUUCUUUUCAAUGAAAAGUGAAACCGUACUGAAAUAUAUAGUUUAUACAUAGUUCAUAAAAGAUAUUAGUUAACAAAGUGAUUGUAUAUAAAGCUUUUCUCAAGUAUCUGAAAUUAUUUUCGUUCAAAACAGCCGAAGCUUUUUGUAGCUUAUUAAAGGAGAGUAAAAAGGAAAUGUAUUAUAUGUAGCAUAAGUAUUAAAUUAGUUUAGAUAAUGUUCAAGGAAUCUGUGUACAGCUAGCCA